AUGAUGCAGACGUGGCUACUGGUGGCAUGCGCGGCUGCGCUUGCAACGCUCACAAUGGCUCAGAAGCCGGGCCGCUUCCUCUCACUCCCCAACGCUCAGAAAUGUGCAAACAGGCCGAAAGAGUUCUUCUACCGAGGUCGCAACUACUUUUUCAGUGGUCACGUGCCAGCUCUCCGUGGCAAGAAGUUCGACUGGUUAGAUGGCCGAAAUCUUUGCCGUGAAUAUUGUAUGGACCUAGUUUCUAUGGAGACACAAGAAGAAAACAACUUGAUUUUCAAACUUAUCCAAGAAAAUGAUGUACCAUACAUAUGGACGUCAGGUCGUUUGUGUGAUUUUAAGGGAUGCGAAGGCCGCAAGGACUUGGAACCCAAAAACCUGUAUGGUUGGUUCUGGUCUGCCAACCGAGAGAAGAUCACUCCUACUAACCAGAUUGCCAAUGGGUGGGGCUACAACCCUUGGUCUCAGACUGGCCACAAGAAGCAACGCCAACCUGACAAUGCUGAGUUCGACAUCAACGGCACUACCGAAUCCUGCCUCAGUAUACUUAACAAUGUAUACAACGACGGUAUUGCUUGGCACGAUGUCGCCUGCUACCACGAAAAGCCAGUCGUCUGUGAGGACAACGAUGAACUGCUAAACUACAUCGCCAGCACCAACCCUGGCAUCCGCCUUUGA